AUGGCGUCCAUCAACAGUGAUGAGUGGAAAGCUAUCUGCGACAAAUUUACCAACGCCCAAAACCUCACAGAUGUAGAAUCACGAAAAGACCCUGAAAACGACCCUUUCCGCUCCAAGUACAAGGCCAGGGAGCUCCUCAGAGAGAUAUACUGCUCCCUGAAGAGUUUUGAGGCCAGUGAUGGCGAGGAGGAGAUCGCUGAGCAGCGGCCGCCGGAGGAGCCUGUGGACGGGCAGAGGGAGGACCUGUUCGGUCAGGGCUCCAGCGGAGACUCGCCGGCCGGGCUGCGGGCCGCUAAACUCGGGGCGGUGGAGUACUAUCUGGGCGUCAACCACGUCGAUACAGAGGAGCUGUCAGCCGGCCAAGAGCAUUUGAUGAACUGCAUGAAACUGCUGGAGAGAUACAAUGUGUCGUCCGUGAAUGUGUCGUUGUUCAUCCAUGUCAGGAACCAGUUGGGCAUCCUUUGGGCAGGCCGGGAUGAGACAGAGACCGCCCAGGGAUUCCUGGAAACAGCUGAAGCCAUCUACCAACGGUAUAUGAAGGAGGAUGGGAGUCCUCCCACUGAUAUGACAGAAUACUUUUCUACUGAGGAAAAAACAUACCAGGAAAGGAUCAAAAGGUUUGAGUUGGCCUACACCCAUACCAUGUACUACCUUGCUCAAGUCUAUAAAAACCUUGGUCAAAAUGAGCGUGCUGCCACCUACUGUCACAGCACCCUGCAGAGACAGUUAAAGUUAAAUCAGUACAGUCCAAUGGAGUGGGCUCUGAACGCCGCUACGCUAUCACAGUAUUACAUCACUAAGGGACGAUACAUGGAGGGUAGACACUGUCUUUCAGCAGCCACCGUCAUAUCAGGUUUGGCAGGAGAAGUUCCUUCUGAGGCUGCAGCACAGGAGAGUGAGACAGAGUGUGAGCGUAGAGAACAGCUGAGACAGAAGAGAGCAGAGAUUGCGAGAUGUUGGAUCAAAUACUGUCUCAACCUCCUUCAAGAUACUAAGAAACUGCUAGAGGAUAACAUUGGAGAGCUGGAUAAUGAUCGUCAAGAAGAGUUAAAGAGAGCGAGAAGACUUGAGGAGGAGGAAGAAGAGAAGGGCAGGAAGAGUGCUCUGCUGUUCGGCUCUGAGGACACUUUUGACUUAAUCGCGAGCUUGGAAGAGAAGGUCAGCUGUUUGUUUCCACUGGACUUUGCAGAGGCCAGAGCUGUGUUUCUGGUGGGACAGAAUUAUGUCACACAGGCUAAGGAGUACUUUCAGAUGGACGGCUAUGUGACGGACCACAUAGAGAUCUUGCAGGAUCACAGUUCUCUGUUCAGGGCUCUGGCUUUCUUUGAAGAGGAUCUGGAGCGACGCUGCAAAAUGCACAAACGACGGGUUGACAUGCUAGAGCCAGUCUGCAUUGACUUGAAUGCCCAGUACUACUUAAUGAUCCGCAGACAGCUAAUGUUUGAGUUAGCUGAGACUUACAAUGAAAUGAUGGACCAGAAACUGACACUGGCCAACAGACAAGAUGAUUCACAGUCUCUCGAUAGCCACACUAUUAAGAAAUUCAACCACCUCUGCUCUUCCUCUGCCAAGUACUUCCAGAUGUUCAUAGACUCUCUGCGUUCUCCGGAGGGGAAGGUACCAGAGCACCUGGAGGAGGAGGUGCUCAGACCGGCUCUGGUGGCCCGUUUCAGAGUAGCCAGACUGUACAGCAAGCUGAUGUGCUCUACACCCUCUGCACAGCUGGACAACAUCAAUAAGGCUCUGGAACACUACAAAUACGUGGUGCAGUAUUGUGAAAGCCACCCUGAGGCGGGAUCCACUGUGGAGACGGAGCUUGAGUUGAGUAGGGAGAUGGUUGGCCUGCUACCUCUCAAAAUCAACCGUCUCAAAGCGAGGAUGGCCAUGAACAACAUCACUGACUGAUUUAUUGGUCAUUCAACCAGAUCAGCCAAUCUCAUCUAAAUUAACCACCUCAUGAUCAAUGGACACUACUGUAUCAGUUAGAGAAACCAGAUGGAAGAUUUACUGACUUUGUCUUGCUAACUUGAAUUUGUCAUUGCCUUUUGUUUGUGCAGUUGGCAUGCUGUUUUCACAACACUUAUGAACAUAUUGCAGACUGUACAUAUGUGCUUUCAUGUGUGUAUUAAAAUGUGUGGUCAAUUUACUUUAAUUCAGACAGCACACAAAAGAAAAUAGGUUGACUACAAAACUAUAGUUGUAUGCAAAAGUGUGGGCACCACUUUGACAAAUAACAUGAUGGCGAUCUUUUUUAAUUGAGAGGGUGGAAACAAAGCCUCUACAGGAUAUUGAACAUAAAACACAAUGUUUUCAGCAAACAUUGACGCAUGGUUACUUUUUAAGUCAUAAACUCUUGAACUCUUUUCAGCUUCAGCAGCACUCUCAAAACAGCCACAGUCAGCCACAGAAACAAAUAGCCGCCGACUGUGAGGGUGUAUUUCCUUUAUGCACCAUUAUGGCAGAUAUGUACAUAACAGAUUUCUAUUGUAUAUUGUUUUGUUUGUCCUCUGUGACCCUGGUCUUAUUCAUCUUUUGUAUAUUUUGUUGUUAAUCAUAUUGGUUUUCAUUAAAUGUGGCCUUAUUUUCUGUUUAGCACAUCAGCACACUGUCUUGAUUUUUUUUCCCAUGCCUCUUUUUUUCAGCUGCUUUAUGUGUCUGAUGGUUAAAGCAAAUGUAAAGGUCUACUGUGAUCACGGUUGGUGUCGCCAUGGUGUAAACAGCCAGACAGACUGAUGUUCAGAUGGUAGAGUUGGUCCAGUUUAUAAUACUAACAAGAUGCUGUUGCUCCUGCUCGCGUCAAACAAAAAAGUGUGUAAAACUUUUGCAUUCUGUUAAAAACCUGUCUGGAACAUCUCAGCCAGUCGUCAAACAUACUGAAAGUAAUUACAACUGUUGCAGGCCUCAUUGAUACUGAAGUUAGAGACAACAUAAUCUGCAUGAUUCAGCUACUUGAACUUGUAUGUUACUGUCUCUGGAAUGUCAUUCUGUUUUAUGUAGAUACUGUAUGUAUAAUAAAUAAACCAAUAAAAUGAUACACACU